AAGGACUUGCGAUCGCUGAAUCUUCACGCAUUCUGUACAUCGCCUACAGAGGUUCAAUGGAAAUAACAACUGUGGAUAUUGGACAAGAUAGCACAUUUCCAGGGGGUGAGACGAACUUUGUAACCGCAUCUCAUGACCCUUAUUCUUUGGAGGUGGAUGAGGAACAGGGAUUUUUGUAUUGGUCAAAUACGAACGGCAAGAUCCUACGCAAACCUCUCAAUGGAUCUGGAAUCACGCAGACUGUGUACAGUAACGGCAAUCUUACCAAAAUCACCGGAUUAAGCAUUGAUCUCAGCCGAGACCCACGACGCAUAUUUUUCUGUGACUAUCGUGAGGAACGAACUUUCUACAAGGACGUCCAUACAAAGGCUCACGAGCUCACAGAGUACAUGAGUAGUGAUCCUAACAUGCGAGAUAUAAGCUACUUCAAUGGCACCCUCUACUGGGCUAAAUAUGACAAACCGAGUGCUAUCGCUGUCAUGACAGAGUAUGAUCAAAACAGCCCAUCAUUUGACAUCAAAGAAACCAGUGAAAUUGAACAACCCAAUCAAUUGCUCAUCAUUUAUGGAAAUCCAUGAUCAAUAUUUGACAGAAAAGA